UCUUAUAUAAUAUUAUAUAGCAAGUUGGUUUUUAUUUGUACUUCCAAGCUAGCUAAAAUUAAAAGUUAAUAGUAAAAGUUAUUGCCUAAGUUUUGUCAUUAGCACUAAUUCUAUAAUAUACAAUUUAAUACAAACAAUUAAGGGCAAACCCCAAAACUUUUUAAUUCUCCAAAAUCUUCUCAUCCGACAACCAACAUGGAAACCUUGAUCAAGGUCACACACCUCAAAAUCUCUCAAUCCCUCCAACCCAACUUUUCUCUCCCUCUUCAUCCCCACAUUUAACCGCAAUGGAUGACCAACAAUCCCUACCACUACCACCACCAUUACCAUCUCCAUGUCCAUCACCAUCACCAUCUUCAUCUCCUCCUGUAAAAACCUAUGAACUAACAGCCUCAUCCAUCUCCUACACCAAGUCAACAACUACUCCUUCCUUUCCACCAUUAAAUUUCCUCUUCAAGCCAUGCAAAUCUGCCCCACCAACUUACAUCCUCCGUGACGUCUCUCUCACUGCCUAUCCAUCUCAAAUCCUUGCCAUUGUUGGCCCAAGUGGUGCUGGAAAAUCCACUCUUCUCGACAUUUUAGCAGCUCGAACUUCACCCACUAAUGGCACUCUCCUUCUCAACUCUUACGCUCUCAAACCUUCCUAUUUCCGAAAAAUCUCUGCCUAUGUCCCUCAACACGAUGCAUGUUUUCCUUUGCUUACCGUCUCUGAAACUUUUGCCUUCUCUGCUCGUCUUCUCGUUCCCAAAGCCUCUGAUAUUGACUCUGUUGUCUCUUCUCUUCUCGCAGAGCUCAGGCUUACACAUUUGGCUAACACAAGGGUCGGCCAUGGCUUAUCGGGUGGUGAACGUAGACGUGUCUCAAUAGGCCUAAGUCUUCUUCAUGACCCUGCUUUGUUGCUUCUCGACGAACCCACGUCUAGUCUUGAUAGCACCUCUGCAUUCAAUGUAAUGCAGACGCUCAAAUCCAUCUCUGUUACUCGUCAUCGGACGGUGGUUUUGUCUAUUCACCAACCGAGUUUCAAGAUCCUUUCCACCAUUGAUAGAAUCCUCUUGCUAUCUAAAGGUAUGGUUGUUCACCAUGGAACAAUUGCUUCACUGCAGAGAUUCUUGCUCUGCAAUGGUUUCACUGUCCCUCCACAGCUCAAUGCUCUAGAACAUGCCAUGGAAAUACUUAACCAGCUUCAGGACAUGAAACCCACUAGUCCAUCAUCACUUCCUUCAUCACCUGAUAAUUCUAGAGCUUCUCCUUCUGAUAAUGAUGCAAAAAUUGUCAGGUAUAAAAGCUCAAGAAUCCAUGAGAUUCUCACUCUUUACAACAGGUUUUGGACGAUCAUUUUCAGAACCAGACAGCUACUUUUGACAAACACAUUGGAGGCGCUAAUUGUGGGUCUUGUUCUAGGAACAAUUUACAUAAAUAUUGGAUUCGAAAAACAGGGGAUUGAAAAGAGAUUCGGUCUCUUUGCCUUCACACUCACUUUCUUACUCUCUUCCACAACUGAAACCCUCCCGAUCUUCAUCAAUGAAAGGCCAAUCCUUUUAAGGGAAACUUCAAGUGGGGUUUAUAGGCUCUCGUCGUAUCUCAUGGCAAACACCCUUGUUUUUUUACCUUAUUUAUUGGCCGUUGCGAUUAUAUACUCAAUCUCUGUUUAUUUCUUGGUGGGUCUUUGUACUACUUGGCAAGCAUUUGCUUAUUUUGUAUUGGUUAUAUGGAUUAUUGUUCUAAUGGCGAACUCAUUCGUACUUUUUCUAAGCUCUCUGGCUCCGAACUACAUUGCCGGAACUUCACUCGUGACUAUAUUUCUUGGAGCUUUCUUUCUCUUCUCCGGCUACUUCAUAGCCAAAGAAAGCAUGCCCAAGUACUGGCUUUUCAUGCACUUUUUUUCCAUGUAUAAAUAUGCUCUCGAUGCUCUUUUAAUCAAUGAGUAUGCUUGCCUUGUCUCAACGUGUUUGAUAUGGUACGAAGAGAAUAAGGAAUGCAUGGUUACAGGAGGUGAUGUGUUGCAGAAGAGAGGACUCCAUGAAAGGCAGAGGUGGACCAAUAUUUACAUGUUGAUUGGUUUUUUUGUAUUGUAUCGCGUGCUUUGUUUGCUGGUUUUGAUCAGAAGGAUUUCAAGGUCCAAAAAAUGAAGGGAAUUAAAGAUUGUUUGUGUGUUUCUUCAACCUUUUGUAACGCGCAUUUCAAUUUUUUCUUUGUCAAGAACCAAAUUAAGCUAAAUAUGUAAUAUUUGCUUAAUUUUGGGACAAAGGAAGAUGAAAAGAUAACAUCUCUCCUAGCUUCAUUUCGUUUAUUUGGAAAAAUGAAAUACAUCAAUAAUGGUAUGUCCAUUUUUAAAAUGAAUUUCGUCUUCUGCAAUUGUUUCCUUACUAUAUAUGUAAAACUCCACAAUUUUAUUA